AUGGACGUCGAGCCCGUCUCCAUCGCCGCAGAGCCUCGCGGCAACCCUGAGGACGAGGACAUUUUGCUCUCGGGCCCCAUUCUCCGAGAAGAGGCUGUCAACUUGCGAGGAGUCAACGAAAUGUCGAACAAGGACGUCAAGAGCUACGUGUCGGGCACGUGUUCCAUCUCCUCCGUAUUCAACAUUGACUGGGUCGACGAUUCGUCUGUGAAUAUUGUUUUUGUGGACGCCAUUGAUGCACAAAACGCGCUCCAGGCCAUGACGGACCCGUCGUUGUUCUACGAUGGAGACUCUAUUGAGCCCGAGCAGGAGCGUGCAGCCAAAACCUUUGUCAAGGCAGAUCACGGCAAGGUCCAACUGCAAGUGCGGACGAGCUACCAGUCAGAUGUCAAGGCGCGUGACGCCCGACAGAAAUCAAAGUACUACCUGUACCACGGCGAGCCGACCAAGGUGGAGGAUUUCCGACGGUUCCAGGACAAGGCUCAUACGUAUGAGGUGCUUGAGCGACGUCGAAAUCUCAAGCCUUCGGGCCGGUCUGAAAUUGAUGGAGAGGAUCUGUUUCCUUCGGUGACCAAGCGCGAUGACGAGUCGGAUGAAGAAGAUCUCAUUAGAUUGUCGUCACGAAGCAGAGGUCGACGGUCUCCUCCGCCUAUUCGACGUCGAGACCGGGACAUAGGUCGGUGGGAGAAGGACCCCUCGCUCAUUGAGGAUAUUGAGAUGCGACGAGAGCAGCGAGGCGUGGCCGACCUGUUUGAAGGAAGAUGGGGCAAUGACAGAGACAGCCGUGACAACCGGUCCCUGUCGCCAGUCUCUCGAAUGCGGGAGGGCGACAGAAACAGAAACAGAAACAGACGAGAUCGAUCGACCUCGCCCUGGAGAAAAGGCGACCGGAUGGAUGUCGACGAUCAGGAUAUCCGAACACGGCUGGAUCUUCCUAGAGAGAGCCGGUCUUCGCGACAGAGAGAAAACCAAAAACGAGAGAGACGACGGGACGAUGCUUCACAGGAUAUCGCCUCCAGACUCGAUACUGACAUGGACGGAGAAGACAACAAGGAUCUGGCGUCACGGUUCCAGCCUCGAGAUGAGAGAGACAAGGGCGGACGUCGAAGAGGAGGAGGCCGACGACGGGCCCAUGAGCUGUUUGGCUAA